UAUAUAUGUUAUAUGUAGUUCAUUAACUAAUAGUUAUUAGCUUAACAGUUAUCAGUAUAGACAGAUAGAUAGAUAAAUACAGUAUAUAUACAGCCUCUUGCCUUAAUUACAGUGUGAAUUACUCCGAGGGAAGAAGAAACAUAAUCCCCCAAAAUCAAUAACAAUAAUAUGUAAAUAUCUGUUUCAGGUGUUAAGGUGACUCCACCUAGAAAGGGUGGUAUAAGUUAGAGUUCAUGAGUAGUCAUAAUAUCCAUUAUAGAUGAUUUAUAUAUAAUAUGUAGACAAUAUAAAUAGUGAUUGCAAUUAAUUGUCGUGGUGAUGUUUUCAUUCUGUUGCUUGUAGCGGCUAACAACCGAAUUAUCAAACAAAAAAAAUAUGUGCUACCAUAUCAACCCCAUAACUAUAUAUUACUUCUCUUCUUUUUUUAGAAUCACCAUUAAUCAACAUUUAACGUUAACUACAGUUACUACAGGGGUUAAAAUAAUGGUUACCAAACAACAAUUGGAUUCUUUACAUAAUGUUAAGAAUAUUCAUCAUCAUAAUCAUGACCAAUUAUUAUCAUCUUAUUUACCGCCAACUAUAUUUCCAUCAGAAUGGAUCAUCCCAUUCAUCCCAACAUCCUCCUCAUCUUCAUCGAAUUCAUCAAUGGAAUUAUUGGACUCUAAUUCGGUCUUGUCUCAUCCUAAUCAUCAUCCUCAUAAUCUUAAGAACCAUAUUGACGAUGAGAAAUUAUUAACUGAAAGUAUUCUUUCUUAUUUAUUAGAAUCACCAUCAUCAUCAAUUGAACCUCAAAUUCCAAAAUCAUUUAUUGAUGAUCAUAUGAUAAAUGAUUAUGAUGAUACUGUUAGAAAUUAUAAAUUACUGGAUCAUGGAUUUGAUUCGAAAUGUUCAAGUUUAUCUAAUUUAACUACCUUAUCCCGAUUAGAAAAUGAUCAUCAUUAUAAUGAGACUACUACAAAUUUUGAUAAUCAUGAAUUAACUAAAGAAUUGAAACUUCAAUUUAUAAAUGAAUCGGAAAUGUUUGGGGUUGAUGAUUCAUCAUUAUUAAUUAUGAAUGGCAAAGUUAAUUAUAAUCAAGAAUUAAUUAAAUUAAGUGAUAAUGAUGGUGUGGCUGCUGUUGUUGCAAAUAGUAAUAAUAAUAAUAAUAAUGAUGAUAAAGAGAGAGGUUCAACUGGUGGUAUUACUACUACAUUAGAUUUUAUUACUGAAACAAGACCAAGUAAAAGAUUCAGAUCCCAUUCUGCUGUUGAUCUUAAUUUCCCCAAAUUACCAUCUAAAAAGCAAAGAUUAUAAUAGUUAUAAUUAGAAGUAUAGUAUAGUAUAGUAUAAGAAUAAGAAUAAUACGCGUCUUAAAUAAUUUAAAUAGUCAAGGGACACGCCCCACCACAACAAAAAAUAAGUCCACACCAAAAUUGGAAAAUUAAACAAAAAAAGUUAUCUAUAACCACCAACUUCUACUUCAUUUGCCAUCUGAUACCAAUUCAUCAAAUUCAAUUGAAUAUCAAUCAAUCAAUCAAAUUACAAUGUUAAGACAAACUGUUCGUUCCUUCGCCACUACUCCUAUAAAAUCUGCCUUUGCUAGAGCUUCUAUCUUGGGUUCAGUUGGUGCUGUUAAUUUUAGAGAAACUAAAGAUGGAAAUAGAUUUAUUCAAUAUUCUUUAGCUGUU